AAAAAUGAAUUUAAGCAGUUUGUGUGCGAUGCUAGUGGUGGUGGCGGGCGCCGCCGCCAGGCUCGGGCUCCAGCGACCGAACCCAGCGUUCGACCAGCAGCUCUACGCAGAUGUUUUAGACCCAGAACUGUGCGAUCGACAAAUCAAAUAUUUGAGCUCGGAUUUCUUGCUCAGUCUGGCAUUUUUAGACGCUGGAAUUAGACUACCUAGAGGACUGUUGAGUAACUCAGUUGAUUUCGGGAAUUACUUUCAAUGCCUAGGGAUCGAAGAAGUAAGAAAUGAUUUAGAAAUCAGAGGAAAAUAUUGUAUGAUACAAGUACCAAUAAACCAAAUUUUGGAAUUAAUGGAUUACAAAUCUGAAGCAUUGGAUAAAGUAAUGAAUAAGGCUUUUGUAGCUCGCGGUGGAACUCUCCAGAUGUGGGAUGAUAUAAACGACCAAUUUGUCAAAAGGUCAUUAGAACCACGCAAUGAGCUCCCGGCCAACAACGUGCGCCUGGCGGUGUGCGUCCCCGCGCCGUGCUCCGCGGAGCGCGCGCUCUCGGCGGCGCCGUUCAACCCGUCGGCGGCCGGCUCGCGGCUCGCGGUCGAGGAGCUGUACUGCCGGCUGCGCGGCGACAAGCCGUGGAGUGCUGCGGACUACGUCGCCGUAACAUUACUUUCGUUCAUUGGUUUACUCACAGUACUUAGUACAUGUUACGAUUUGAACCACAUUUUGUUCAAAAGCGAGAUCCGAAGCAGGCUCACACACUGUACCGCUCGUUCUCUUUGUAUACGAAUGCGAAAAGGCUGACGACAUUUGCACCGAAUGAGAACAGCUUGCGAUGUCUCGACGGGAUCAGAUCCCUGGCGAUGCUCUGGGUGAUAAUAGGACACGCGUUCACGUCUGAAAAUGAAGUUGUCAACCUGCUGGAUAUGGUGGAGUGGGUGAUGUCAAGGAGGGGCCUGUGGGUGUCCGUGGCGCCGUACAGCGUCGACACCUUCUUCACGGUGGCCGGCCUGCCGCUGGUCUACACCACGGCCGGGAAGCUCACGCCGAAAAGUUUACUGAAGAACCUGCACCUGUUCUACCUGCACCGGUUGCUGCGGCUGUUCCCGCUGCUGGCGCUGGCGGCGCUGCUACAGGCGUCGCUGCUGCACCGGCUGCUGGACGGCUUGUGGGGCGCCGUGGCGCGGCAGGUGCACGUCUGCCGCGAGCACUGGUGGACCACGCUGCUGCACAUUCAGAACUACGCCACGCCGUCUACUAUGUGCCUGCCGCACUCGUGGUACGUCGCCGUGGACGUGCAGCUGCACCUCGCGUCCCCGCUGCUGCUCGCGUGGCUGCGCGGGCGCCGCGCGGCCUGGGGCGCGCUGGCAGCCGGCGUGGGAGCGCUCUACUCCACCACCACCUUUUAUAACGCUUAUAAAGACUUUGUACCUCAUAAUUUUGUUACCAGCCGGCCGAUGGAGGACUACCUGCCGAACUACUACUUCAACACGUUCACGCGAGCCCCGCCCUUCCUCGUCGGCAUGGCGUUCGGGUACUUGCUACACAUCUGGAAAGGACGGAAACCAAAUAUACACAUUGCAAUAGUGAUAAUGGCGUGGGCAUGCGCGCUGACGCUGCUCCUGCUGGUGUGGGUGGCGGUGUACGAGGUGAUGCAGCCGGCGUGGGGCGGCGGCGCGCUGGACGUGCUCAUCAACUCGUACGCGCGCUCCGCCUGGGCCGUCGCCAUCGGCUGGAUCAUCUUCGCUUGUGUCCAUGGAUAUGGAGGCCCGGUGAACUGGUUGCUGGACGUGUGGCUGCUGCCGGCGCGGCUCUCGUACGCCAUCUUCCUGCUGCACUACCCGCUGCAGUUCCUCGUCAACUCCACGGAGCUGGCGCCUGUGCACUUCCACGUUUUUCAGUAUACUUUCAAAUUUUUGGCGCAUACUGCGGUGGCGUUCAUCGCGGCCUUCUUCGCCUGCUUGUUAGUCGAUGCCCCGUUUUCUGUGCUGAUCAAACUCAUCAUGGGUGAAGGUGUAAAAAAACAAGCCACAACAGUCACAGAAGCCGACGCCACAGCAACAACAGACAAAGUGAUGGCCCAAGAAAUCUCUAAAAAUUAUUAGGAUUAUGUGCAAUAAGUAUACCUAAGGAUUUCGGUUGUAUAAAUGAUUGAUUUUUCAAAAGAAACCGUCGUCGUUUGUUAUAAGAUAAAUUUUUAAGUGUAAUAAA